AGUAAAAUGAGGUUCUCUUUAUUUAUCAGAGAAUAAUAUAACGAUUCAAGGGAAUGAUAAUAAUUCAAAAAUAUUAAUUAUAAUUAUUAGUACCAUUUCAUAUUUAAUUGAGGCUGAAAAAUCUAUAAAAAAACAUUUUACAAUAAUCAAAACUGAAAUCGCCUUUUGCCGGGGUUAGUCGAUUUCAAUAUGGUGGACGUUUGUUGUGCUUUUUGAUAGAGUGAAUUGGAUAUUUUAUGCUUAUAAAUGCAUCUAAGCGUCUAAUCUAGUCGAGACAUUCCAACUAGAUUGGUAAAAUGGAUGAUAAGGAGGUGUCUUCCGAAAACCCUUUGGAUUCAUCCAAAGAAGAGUCAAAUCCCUUGGACUCAUCCAAACAUGAGUCAGGGGAUGCCCCGGACCCGGAUACUGUGUCAGAUGCAGUCAAAACUGUGGAGGAGAGUGACGUGGCCGACCCUAGUGACCCAGCAUCAAGUGAAGAUGCUAAAGUUGAUGAAUCUAGUGAAAAGUUAAUUGAAGAAUCUAGUGAUAAGUUAGUUGACGACAGUGACAAACCUGAGGAUAGUGAGGAUAAUCUGCUAAACCAUGUGGAUGAGAAGACAGACACUGUUGAUGGUAAAGAAGAUGAUGAAACUAAGGAACCAGAGGAAGUAGAUGAAGAUGCCCUAUUAAACAAAGAAGAUGACUCAAAAGAAGAAGAAGAAUCAGAAAAGAAGGAUGAUGCAGAGUUAGAAGCAUCAUCAGAGAAAGACUCUCAGAAAGAUGAAAACUCACAAAGUGCAGAAACAGAGAGUCAAGAUGCGGACACUAGCAAGCCCAGCCAGGACCUAGAUAUAAGCCAAGAUGCGGACACUAGCAAACCCAGUCAGGACCUAGAUAUAAGUCAAGAUGGCUCUGUGGACGAGAAACAGGAUAAAGACAAGAACCCUGAGUUUGAAACUGCGCCUGCUUCCACUGAGGAGUCACAGGAAGAUCAUACUGAGGCUCUAGACCCGUUUGACGCACUCCUGAAAGACACGCCAGUAGCGGAGACAUCCACUGCUUCAGCGUCAGUUUCAGUGUCAGCGUCUGUCAACCUGGACGAUGACGAUGAUGACCACAACGCUGACGGAGACGCCCCUCCGGUCGCUGAUGACGAUGAUGAUAAUGAGCAGCCUGCAGAAGACGCCUCACUAGACGACAGUGUGGCCGAGCUACCCGAAGAGCCGGGCGCGGACGAGGAGGUGUGCCUGCUGCCGGACACGGAGCGCGAGAUCAGCGACGCCGACAAGGCCGAGGCCGAGAAGGUGCUGGCCGAGAAGAGGAAGCUCGCUGAAGAAGCGGCGGAAGCGGAAGCAGCAGUACCCAAAGUGGAGGAGAAAGACGCCGAUGAGACGACGGCGGCCGCGGAGGAGGCCGAACCGCCCGCCGCGCUGGCUGAAGAUGCUUCUCAGGAGAAUGGGGAAAAAGAAACUGAAAAUGAACUGGACGACAACGCGGAAGACGAAUGCUCCGAAAACCUCAUUCCAAACACCAUUCAAGAGAUCAGCUCAUGCGAGGGCACUUGUCUCCAGUGCGAAAAGGAGCAAUCUUGUACUUACCGCUUCAGGAAAGACGGCGAGGAAAAGUAUCUCUGUUCAGAACUGUGCGUGAAGGAAUUCCAAGAGAGUCACGUCGGCCAAUACACGGUCACACACAAGAAGUAUCUCAUAGAAGAAAUAGUGCCCAGAGAAAUGACCUGCUCAGAAUGUGAGGAAACGAAACUGUGCUACUUCUACUACAAUUACGACGGCGAAGACACGAAUUACUGUUCGAUAAACUGUCUGCAUAGCAUGAUGGCGGAUGAACAAGACAAGUAUGUGUUUAAAAGACGGAGACUGACCAUCAGAGAGAUGGAACCUAAAGAAGUCGAGUGCUAUAUCUGUAAAGAGACCAAAAAGUGCUCAUACCUCUUCGAACGCUACGGAGAAGUGCAUUAUAUCUGCGAAGUGGCGUGCAUAAAGAAGGAGACGAAUAACGAUGAAUUCGCCCGCUACAUGAUCAAGAAAAUGCGUCCAGUGCGCAAACCAGUUGCCCCAGUCAAUCCUCCGUUGUUGAAGCUGAAAGUCAUCAGUAAUGCCACAGAUAAAUACCUGGACGAAGCGUACAAGAUCCAAGCUAAGACACCUGCGAUGAUUGCUGCAGCUAGAGAAGAAAGAGAAAGAACUUUUGUCCGCGUCUGCUUCCAGUGCAAUCUAAUGAUCAAGGGUGAUGAUAAGAACCUGACGUGGGAAACAAUGGACUUCUGCAAUGAAGGCUGUCUUGGCCGCUACCAGAAUGCGAUAGGCUCCAAAUGUGCCAACUGUAAGAACGGAGUCACUCACACGAGCCUCGGCAAGUAUUGCGUGCGGUUCGGCUACGAUAUCCGACAGUUCUGCAACUCAAGUUGCUUGGAAGAAUUCAAGAAAGGCCUGAAAAUCUGCUGCUACUGUCAAAGAGACAUUUCAUCAGGCCACCAAGGGUUCUUAGCGCCUGUGGGUGAUAAGGGACAGUUUAAAGACUUCUGUUCGCAAGUGUGUAUGGAGAAGUUUGACCAGAUGAGCAAGAAUCCUGUGCCUCAGCCGGUGUGGGCUAAAUGUGCCGUCUGCUCGCUAGACAAAGCGACCAAUAUUGAGGUGGAGGUGAACGACAAUGUGAAUCAGAGGCUGUGCUCGGACCCCUGCUUUGCGGCGUUCAAGUUUGUCAACAAUGUCUUUCCAGACCAAUGCCGAUGGUGCAAAAAGUACUUCGAGCGGCGUUCAAACAAAUGCUUCACGAUCUACGACGGCGCCAGCCCGCACUGCUUCUGCUCCAAGUCCUGCCUGAACGUGUACAUCAGCAACACAAGACACAUCGUGCCCUGCAACUGGUGCAAAGUGAAGAAAUACAACUUCGACAUGAUCAAGAGGAAUCAGAGCAACGUCAUGAUGUGCUCACUGAACUGCCUCAAUCUGUACCAGGUGUCUGUGAAUGCGGUGUCGUCGAGACGGAUCAAAUGCGACAUGUGCAAGCGCACCUCACUAGCGCAGUACCACCUCACCAUGUCGGACGCCACCGUGCGCAACUUCUGCACCUACCAGUGCGUCAUGUCCUUCCAGGGUCAGUACUCCAAGCACGGCCCUCCCCUACAGCCGGGCGAGAACGUGGAGCAGCCCAAGGCCGUGCCCACGGGCGCGCCGCGGCGCACCUACGCCGCUGCGGCGCAUAAGAACAAUGCGGCCCCAGUGAAGGUGCAACAGCGAACCGGCCUGCCCGUCAUAUCCAACGUGCAGUCCCUCGCCGCGCCGCCUCCGCUCACCCUCGCGCCGCGCGGCAAGUCCAAGCGACUGCAGCAGAUACAGAUACCAGUACAACCCGAGCCAGAACCACCCCAGGCCCCUAAGACACCCCCGCCGCCCCCCAAACCCCCAACCCCGCCACCGCCGCCGCCCCCGAAGAUAUACAACCAUGUAUUAGUCAAAACACUACCGCCAAGCCAAGUCGCCAACAAAGCCACCAUGACCAAACCUAUGAUGGUAUCAAAAGGUGUGUCGUGUCGACCCCAUCCGUGCACUAAAGAGUGCCAGACAGAUCCAAGUCUGGAGCGAAGAGUGCUCAUUCCAGUCCCAGUGCCAAUCUAUGUGCCAGUCCCCUGUGCUAUGUGGUCGAUACCGUUCCCUGUGCCCGUCCCUAUCCCUAUACCGAUCCCUACGCCUGUGUUUAUCCCUACAACGAGGAAUUCCGCUAAGGGUAUAAUGAAGGAGAUCAACAAGAUCCAUGACAAGAUGCCCACGGAUCCGUUUGAGGCGGAGUUGUUGAUGAUGGCCGAGAUGGUCGCCGGGGAUAAGAAGAAGGAUCAAAGCGAUUCGGAUACUGAUGAUGAUAAUGAAGCGGGCGGCGGCUUCAGCCCCGUCGGCGGCAUGGACGGCAACAACGCGUUUGGAGAGGACAUGCUGCAGAUGGCGCUCAAGAUGGCCACCGAGUACGAGGAGCAGCCCGUGGACCUGGAGUCCGCCAUGACCGCGAACACUAUCACACCGAGCUCGCACCCCGGCAUGCCUGGUCUAGAAGGCGAGUCCAUGCACCACCACCACAUGAUGGUGCUGGAACAGCAGCGCGCGGUGGCCGCCCUGCGCGCCUCGGCCGCCCCGCGCAAGCGCACGCCCGCCCCCGCCGCCGCGCCCGCCCGUCCCACGCGCGGGUCCAAGCGGCGCAGGGCGGAGCCGCCGCCGCCCCAGCCCGAGCCGCCUAGGGAGCCGCUGGAGAAGCCCGACGCUAAUAUGUGCUUGAAGUACACAUUCGGCGUGAACGCGUGGAAGCAGUGGGUGAUGACAAAGAACGCGGAGAUAGAGAAGAGUUCCGUGCGACGCAAGCCGUUCAAGUCGGAGAUCCUGCAGCUCACGGCGGAUGAACUCAACUACUCGCUGUGUCUGUUCGUGAAGGAGGUGCGGAAACCUAAUGGCAGUGAAUACGCGCCGGAUACGAUAUAUUAUUUGGUUUUAGGUAUACAGCAAUAUUUGUUCGAGAACGGGCGGAUAGACAACAUAUUCACGGACCCCUACUACGAGAAGUUCACGGAUUGUUUAGACGAAGUCGCCCGAAAGUUCUCUGUAUUAUAUAACGACUCACAGUACAUAGUGACCCGAGUGGAGGAGGAACACCUGUGGGAGAGCAAGCAGCUCGGCGCGCACUCGCCGCACGUGCUACUGUCCACGCUGAUGUUCUUCAACACCAAGCACUUCAACCUGGUGACGGUGGACGAGCACAUGCAGCUAUCCUUCUCCCACAUCAUGAAGCACUGGAAGCGGAAUCCCAACCAGCCGGGGCAGGCCAAGAUCCCCGGCUCGAGGAAUGUACUGCUUAGGUUCUACCCGCCGCAGUCUGCGCUAGAAGCAAACUCAAGAAAAAAGAAAGUAUAUGAACAGCAAGAAAACGAAGAAAACCCCCUACGGUGUCCUGUCAAACUGUAUGAAUUCUACAUCUCAAAAUGCCCCGAGUCGGUGCGCACGCGCAACGACGUGUUCUACUUACAGCCGGAGCGCUCGUGCGUGCCCGACUCGCCCGUGUGGUACAGCACGCAGGCGCUGUCUCGCGACGCGCUGGCCAAGAUGCUGCACCGCGUCAAGAUGGUCAAGGAGAUCAACAUCGCGCUGCUCACCAGCUAAGGACUUUCCAUGGGGACAUUUGCCGACUUCAAGUGUAAAGCAACGGUAUCCCAAUUACCCACUAUUCGUCGUCGCUUCAUAACCGUUCUUGGUUUACAGUUUUACAUAACAGUUUCGUUAGCGCUGCUAUCCUCGAUUGUUGUAAAGAUAAUUAGAACCGUAAAUGUAAGCAGUGUAUAUUUUUUCUACUUUGUAUAUCUGUCGACAGUGAACGGUUGAUAUUAAUUUUAAAGCAUAGAGUGUAAUGCAUCACUUUUUUACAAAGUUGCAAUCGUUUUGGAUAUAAGUUUCUGUGCUUACGUAGCUUUUAUGUACAGAUAUUACGGUUCAAGAGUAACUAACAAUAUUUUUAACGAUAUAAUUUUAUUACAAUAUAACUUUAUUUUAUUUGGUAGCACAGGAAAUGAAUUAAUUAUUAGGGAGUCGUCAAUCGGAAUUGUACAUAUAAAAGUAUGUAUUGUGUAUCUUUUUCCAAAUUAUUGUGGUAUGUAGAUUAUUAAAUUGAUAUUAAUAGCGUUCCUGAAUUUAAGGAAAGAUUGACUACAAAUUGCUAGCAUGUAAGUGAUACGUUACAAUAAAAGAGCGCACUUUCAUUAUUGUAUAUCGACAACGUUGGUUUGUUAACUGUAAUGGUGAAUAUUCUCUCAAAUAGAAUUAUUAAAAACUAAUGUAAACUUAGUGAAAGUCAGAUUCGUAUUAUAUUUUAAGUAUAAUGGUAUAAACCGAGUACGGUUUAGGUAACAGCUGUGUAAAAAGGAAAUACAGAUUCUCUUAAAAUAA